AUGAAGAUUACUUUCUUCUUCGCGCUCCUAGCUGUAACGAUCUCGUCUUCUGCUGGUGACUCCGUCUCUGCUCGAAAGCUUGCACUCUCUCCGGGCUUCGAGGGUAGCCCGUGCGCCGACAUGCUGUGCCCGGAAGUUCAUGACCCCGUCUGCGGAACCGAUAAAGUCACUUAUCCGAACGAGUGCGACUUAGGCCUGGCUCAAUGCGCUCACCCAGAGCGAAACAUUACGGUGUUUGCCAGGAGUACUUGCGCGGCGGUAGAAUUUUAA